AUGUUUCUAUACCUUGGCGGACGUGGCCAAGAUCAGAGCGACACGAGCCACUCUCUAAUUCCAGCAUCAGGCGGCUGGAAUUUUGGAGGUCAAGGCGGGAUUGAUCUUAAUCCUGAAAAUGAAACAGGUCCUGGUUCCUCAUUGGAAAAUGGGGCAGGAGGUGGCGGUGCUGUUGAUAUUCGCUUGGAAUAUGCUGAUAUAAAUAAUAUUGAUAGAAAUAGUAAAAUUUUUAAUAAAUCGAUAAUGAGUCGAAUAAUCGUCGCUGGUUCAGGCGGUGGUGCUUGCUCUGGAAAUAAUUUUGGAUUAGGAAUUCCUAAAGGAUUUCCCGGUGGUAAUUCUUCUGCAUUAUCCAAUGGUCCAUAUACAUUCGGUGGUACUCAAACCGAUGGCAAAUUGGGCAUUGGAAUGGACGGAAUCUCCGGACAUAAUAAUGAAGGAGGUUCCGGAGGUUGUGGAAGCGGUUAUCGUGGAGGAUUUUCAAAGUUUCCGUUAACUUCAGCACCAGGAACCUUUGAAGUAGGAGGAACUGGAGGAAGUUCUUAUAUUAAAACAAGAGAAGAGACUAACCAGUUCAUGAUAGACCAUCCAGAUUUAUUUUUCUCAAAUAAUAUUAUUAUUAGUGGGAAAGAUAAUAUGCCAAGUCCGUACAAUAAUUCAUAUAUCACUGGACAUGUUGGCCAUGGAGUCUGUCGUAUUACAGUUCUAAAUUUGAUAAUUCGAUGUACUUGCAUCUGUAGUUCAAUAGUAAAUUUAUCUCUGUUAUUUGUUUCAUCAGGACUAUCAUAA